UGCAACCAGAGGAACUCUGCUUAAGCAGUCCUGUCUGCAGCAGGGGACUAUGCGUUCGUGCAACAAGUUGGAUGGAAAUCACAACAAUCGCCAACUAAGUCACUUGGUGUUGAGUUUAAGUGAUGGUGUGAGCACUCGGUAAAGGGAGAUUUAUGCGCAAAAUGCAGAUUUUUCUCCCUUUGCUGUGUGUUCUGUGCGCCACAUCGGCCCAGAGCAUUUUCGACGGAACCUGCCUCAGAAAAGACCCUCCCCCUGGUGUGUUGGUUUUAUCCCCAGGCAGUAAGUUGGUUAUGACCUGCAGCAGCCAUGUGAAGGUGGACGGCGUAAAGGUCCACAUAGCCAGAAACAGCUCAAACACCAACAGAGGAGGGAGUCCUUCAGAUGCAAUCCCAACCACUGUCGCACCCACUAUCACACACAUUGCAGGCAACAGUGGAGGUUCCAAGAAAAGAAAUAGUCACACUGUGGAGAAUUCUGUGAGUGAGGGCUACCGUUCCAAUACCACUGAGGAAGGAGACGCAAGAAGCCCCCAAUAUACAGAUACAGGAUACACAGCUUCUCCCACCCCUCGCACGGUCCAGCCAACCAGUGUGAGCAGACAGCAAAAGGGUGAAUCCAACCUGGAGGCUGAAGGGAUGGAUGGAGAGGGCAAUUAUGAGGAAGAAAUGGAGGAAGAGGAGGACGAUGGGGGAGAGGAAGGGAGCAGGGUAACAAGGGGCAUAAAAUCGAGGCCUCAGUGGAAGUGGAAUGGGAGGAUGGUUGGAAAAGGAGACAGAGACUGGGGAGAAAUCACAUUUGAGAGGAGAGGGGCUUUACUGUCUCUGUCCUCAGUAAGACUGACAGACUCUGGGAAGUACACGUGUUAUUACCGAGGCAGAGAGAGGUUCUCCUUAAAAGUAAUUGUCGCAGAUCCUCCAGAAAAUCCCAGCCUGUCCUGUUACAAAAAGUCACCCACCAGUAAGAUUCGCUGUGAGUGGGCACCUCAGAAGCCCGUCAUCAUAUUGCCUAUGUGUUACCUCUUAUACAGUAAAAGCCCGACAGAGAAAUUGAUGCGUUUGCAGUGCUCAUACUCACCUCGAGCCUCCCGCUGUUGGUGCACUCUGGACCACAGUGAGGACGAGCGGAGAACUGUUCACAUGGCAUACCUGUGUGUUACCAGCAUUGCAGGCAAUGCAACAAGUGCCCUGCUGCAAUUCAUGCCUCUGGACAUUUUAAAGCCAGACCCUCCAUCGCAUGUGUCUGUUCGCCAGGAGGAGGGACAGGAGAAGAGGUUGACGGUCACCUGGAGUUUUCCAGGCUCCUGGAAGCGUCAAGACAAGUAUUAUGACCUCAUUUAUGAGGUCAAAUACAAACCUCUCAUGUCCUCAACUGAUUGUGAACAGAUCCAGAAGAUUGAGCGCCAGCGCUCAUACACCAUCACUGAUGCGAUGUCUGGUGUUGAGUACAUGAUACAGCUUAGAACUAAGGAUGAGUUUGAUGGUGUGUGGAGUGACUGGAGUACACCUGUCAGUGGCAGCAGCUGGACAGUUCCACCAUCAGCCCUGCCAUCGGAUUAUGAUCUUGAUAACAGAACGAUCACAGAUGAAGGUUCUGGUUCUGGUGACUACGGGCCUUAUGUUACUGAACCAGUACAAGGCAAAGAUGAGAUGCCACACCAUGUCCUGUGGAUCUCUGGGUCAUUUGCUCUCUUGUCAGUCAUUUUGGCCGCCUACAUAUUCAGACACAAGGACAGAUUUUUGUCUAAACUCCAGAGUUUGAGUGUCGUCUCCCAGUGUGGUGACUCGCGUCUGCCUUCGCCCUUCGCCCCAACAACCCCAACAGUGCCAGCAGUCCCAGCAGUCCCAGAAGGGCAGGCUCUGGUGACACUUGGCCUUCCACGCUACAAAAAACCCCCACUGAGUGAAGUGGAAGAAGGGGAAGAAGAAAGUGACGAAGAACAGCAGGUGAUGGAGGGGAUUGAUGCCAUGCACUUCAACAACACAAGUUAUUUCGUCCUCCAGCAGUACUGAUAACCGUGCAGAAAGGGGAAUGAAACUAGCCAGAUUAUUUUAACUGCUUUGUAUAGUUGGAUUGUUGUUUUGUCAUCUGUAAAAAGGAAACUGGACUCAAAAUUUUUAUGGUUCUUCAAUGAGCUUCUGUUGGAAGUAACUCAGGAACAGCUAUUUUAUCCUAUUUCAUGCCUAAAAUACCUCUAAAAGAAUUUCUUCUUGCUGUACUUGUCUUAAGAGCAACUUUGUCUUAUGUAUGUGCCAAUUAAAAAUGUGUUGAUAAACUGUAGAUUGUAUGUAGGCCUAAUUAUAGGCCUGUGUCUAGCAUAUCACCUCGUGUUCUGUCUGUACAUAAUUUUAAUUAUAUUAAGAUUUAUCAAAUAUAUCACUCAAACCCUGCA